CCGGUGGGCCGUAUUGCGAUGCAACAAAUCGUUGCUACUUUUAUUGUCAUCGUUAUCAUUUGCAUGUGUUUAAUUAAAAUGGAAAGAUUGAACGGCUUACUCCAGGUUACGAUUCGAAAUGGGUGCAACGGCACAGUGACUGGCUCACAUUAUUUAAUUAAUAAUAUCAAUUUAUUUAGAUUGAACGGUAUAGUACUCAUUUGAAAAACCUUUAUUUUUGUUUGUAUAUUUUGCAUUUAUAGAACUCAACAAGCUGCAGCGGCAAGGAAGAUGCGCACCGAGAAGAUCGAAGCAGCGGAAGUCAGUCAAGAAAUGCCCCAUUUCAUCAUUGAGGCAGGAACGCAAGAGCAAUCACGUGCACAGCCAAGCAUCGAGGAAGGAUUAACCAUUACGGACUUCCGGCUCGUGGUAGAGCAGGUACUACUGAUAGGGUACCACUCGGCAACGUUCGAAUGCACCACGCAACAUUUGCAAGUAAUCGGGAUGAAGCGCUCGGGAUUAAGAGCAACAAUAACUCUGAAAUGCAAGAUGUGCCAAUAUGAAGCGGAAGUGCAGAAUCAAUCGGCAGACAACAAAACAAUGGAUUUGCAUUCUACUACGGCCCUCGCCACAAUCACUUGUGGUGGUGGUUACUCACAGAUGGAAGAUAUACUAAAUAUUCUUAGCCACGUUUUCGGAGAGCACAAGGAGUGUCGAAGACUAGGAUAUUUCUGCGACCGCCCAGCAAACACGGGAGAAGACAACUUGGUACCGCAUCUCAAGAAAAUCGGCAUAUAUAACCGGAUGCAUGAGAUCUUCCGUCCAUUGAUGGCUCAUGCUGAAAGUUUAUUAUAUAAUACUACAAACAAUUCAGUUGAGAACCUCAAUGCCAUCAUUGCAAAAUAUACCGGUGGGAAAAGGAUAAAUUGGGGCCAGAGAGGGUCAUAUUCUGCGAGAUGUGCAGCUGCUGUUGUACAGCACAACACGCAAAAACUAAUAUCAAAGGUAAUAGAGGGCAAGGGUGCGAAGCCGCCGAAAUUGAUAGAAGAAUUAGAAGAAAGAAGGAAAGGCAGUAAUGAAAAAGGAAAGGAAAGGGAAAGAAAGUCUUCGAAGAAGGUGAGAAACCCAUUUUGUUCAACAACGGACCCGGAUUAUGGAGUUAGCGCAGAGAAACCGGAUAUGGAGCAACAUCUAUUUAACUUUGAAAAAGAAAGGCACAUGGAGAUGCUGCAGGAUUGGCAGACGAAUCGAAAGAAAAUAGAGAGGGAUACG